AACUUUGCAUUUAUUCUUCUUUGGACACGCAGAUGGAAGGACGUGCACUUAGUGAUAAAAGUUCUUCAGAAAAAAACUCCAAAGUGUCUUCAUUGUAGUCCAGCAUGUGUCCACUUAAGGUUUAAGAGUGUGGUCUCCAUGGAAAGCACAGACACGAUAUUUGCACCAUCUGAAGACUGAUGUUACAGAGCAGUUGGUCAUUUAGACUUCCUGAAAAGCUACAGAAACUGAAUUUAGUAUUUCCACCACAACAGAAGCUCACAAUGAAUUCUACAGAAGACUACAAUCUAGAUGACUAUCUCUACUCCAAUGACGUUGAGGAGGAUUCUUUUUGGUCUAAGGGGAUGAAUAUAUUCUCAGUGGUACUUUAUAGCCUCAUCGUUGUCUUGGGCAUACCAGGUAAUGCCAUUGUCAUUUGGAUCACCAUUCUGAAACUGAAGAAGACCGUCAACACCACUUGGUUUCUCAAUCUAGCAGUGGCCGACUUCAUUUGCUGCCUCUCCUUGCCCUUCUCGAUUGCCACUAUUCUUCUCAAAAACACUUGGCCAUAUGGCAGCACUCUGUGCAAGAUUAUUCCUACCAUCAUCAUAUUAAACAUGUUCUCCAGUGUAUUUAUCUUGACGCUAAUUAGCAUUGAUCGAUUUCUUCUGGUUACCAAGCCAGUGUGGUCACAAAAUAACAGAACUGUCAGAUGGGCGAGACUGCUCAGUGGUGCUGCCUGGUUUUUGGCAGCUUUGAUGUGCCUGCCGAUAGUCAUCCACAAAGAAGAAAAGUUCUUUGAUGAUGUAAACAGUACCUACUGUAUAUAUAAUCAAACCCCACAGUCCAGGAAAGCCGUGGUGUUCACCAGGUUAAUAUUUGGGUUUCUGGUCCCUUUCUUCAUCAUCUGUGUAAACUACACUCUCAUAACACUCAAAGUGAAGAACAGCCAAUUUGGCAAAUCUCGUAAGACAUUCAAAGUCAUCCUGGUGGUAAUUGUUGCCUUUUUUAUUUGCUGGACCCCCUAUCACAUCAUCGAUAUCUUGAACAUUCAGGAUAUGAGUGAAGAAAUGGCAGAAACCAUAGUGCUCUUUGACCAUUUUACCAUCUGCCUUGCCUACUUCAACAGCUGUCUCAACCCUUUCCUCUAUGUCUUCAUGGGCCAGGAGUUCCAGAGUAAAUUCAAAAAGUCGCUAAGCAAAUUACUAGAAAGUGCUUUCAGUGAGGAACCCACAGGUUCAACCUCAUAUUCUAAAUCUAGGAAAUCUCGAGACGAAAGCGUGGCUGAAACGGCACAGUAGCUGCCAGCUCAGCUCUUGAUUUCCUUCUCACUUUGUCAACACUGCAACUCAGCAGACAAGCCUCUUCUGCAACAGACUUCUGCAAUCAGAUGCUUUGAAAUAUUUCAUAAUUGCAGCACAUUCUGCAGAGCAGGCAGCCUUAUUUCAAAUUUCAUGUUCAGCGCUGCCUUGGUAUGUUUUUUUUGGCUAACAAAAAUGAACAGAUAUGUUACAAAAGCAAUGGAUGCCUGGUGUACACAGAUGAGACUUUAUUGUUUUUACUUGAGAAAAGUUA